GAACUGUCUAUUUAAAGAGCUCAAGCCGGGUUAGGGGGACAUCAGCGCCGAGAAGGGGGAACUGAGUGCAUGCACAGCACUAUCCCCGCCCGUACCAGCAGCCUCCAAUCGUCCCCGGGAGCGGCACUUCGACUACCUCUUCCACCGCCUCCGGCUGCUCCCAGCCCGGAUUCCUCGGCCCGGAUCUGUAUUUUGUGCUGAUCUCCGCGUCCCCACUUCCACUCCGGAGGGUGACCAGCAGCAGCGAUGCCAGGCGUGUGGGACAGCUUCUCUUCCUCGCUGCCUCCCAUUCCAGAGCAGAGAGAGAACCAGCCCUCACCCAUCUUCUCCCGGGGAAAGAGCUGGCAGCAGGAAGUGCCCGAUCGCUGUGUCCGAGCGGAGAGCUCCGAUUGUGAAUCCCUGGACAGCAGCUUGAGCUGUGAAGGAGAUGCAGAGUACCUGGAUGAAGUUUCUCUGCCAGACUUUGACUUGUUAAAUGACCCAGAAGAUGAACUCCUAUGUAAUAAUCUCAUGAAACUAAUCCAAGUCAGUCUGAACAAAGCCAAUAUCAAUUCCAGGCGUUGCUCCAGACUUGUGAUGCCAAGCCAACUCGUCACUCAAGUCAGCAAAGAGCUGCUUCACCUGGCUUAUAGUGAGCCCUGUGGACUGAGAGGUGCCCUCAUUGACCUGUGUGUUGAACAAGGGAAGGGGUGUCACAGUGUGGGGCAGAUUGCAGUGGAUCCGAAUCUUGUGCCUACUUUCCAGCUGACCCUUGUGUUAAGAUUGGACUCCCGGCUCUGGCCUAAAAUCCAGGGACUUCUUAGCUCUGGGACUUCUUUCACUCCUGGCUUCAGUCAGUCGCUGAAGCUGAGCACUGGCUUCAGAGUCAUUAAAAAGAAGCUUUACAGCUCUGAGCAGUUGCUAAUAGAGGAGUGUUGAAGGCGCCUCAUAGAGGAAUAACUGAUCAUUACUCUUUAAACUGGUGUAGAGCACCAGGAGAAACUGGAGUGACAACUUACUUAAGUGCUUUGAAAACGUGAACAUAAGCUGGUUAAAAUGUGGCAACUCUUUAGAGUCACCAAGGUUAGGUUAGUUUGGAGCAUGAUUGUACAAUUAUAGAAGGAAAUAGUCCAAACAGAGAGAGAGGGCAAGGAGGAAGCUUGCUGGAAAACAAAACUGCACCCUGUUUCCCUCACUCUCAG